CUAUACCCUAACAUCUGAGGAAAAUGUUUCUGUUUUGGUUGUCUCUAAAUGCCCUUUGUGUAAAGAAGAUUCAAAAAUAAUUCUUCAUAACGGGUCUGGCAUGAGGAAAUAAUCUUGGGACAUUAGGAGUACAAAUAAUACCUCAUCAGAUGAUUUUCAUAAAUUUGUAAUUGCUACUGGAGAGCAAAGAAACAACUUCCCAAGGAACAGAGGAACUCCCCUCUCUCUCUGUCUCUCUGUCUCUCUGUCUCUCUCUCUCUCUCAUAUAAAUACACUUUUAAAAAACUAGAUAUAUUAUUUAAUAAAUAUAGAAAACAACUUGGUAGGGAUUGGUGGGGAGGUUCUUUCAGUCAGUGUAGACUUGCACCAGGGCAGUAAUUACAGUUUUAAGAGAGUGGGGCAUUGAGAGAUUACAUGACUGUAAUUGAGUCAUAUACUUAGUUCCAAGGUUAAUUUUGAACCCAGGUCUUGCUGACACAUAGGCAGAUUCCCUCUACCUCUGCUAUGCUACCAUGCCUAUAGUCUCAUUUCAAACUUAUCCAGUUAAAUAAGUGCAUAGCAAAGUACUAGAAUUUGGAGUCAGAGAACCUGGGUUUGUAUCCUAGGUAUAUUUCUUAUUACCUGCUUUACCUUAGACAAGUGAUAAGUUGAAUAAGUUCCAUAAUAUAUAAAAUCACAUAAAAGAGUUUGGACUGGAGGAACUUUUUUUUUUUUUGCAAAAUAAAAGUGUAGUUGAUGCUUGUAUUAAUUUCCUUCUGCAAUAUGAACUUAUCCCAGAGAUCUUUCUGCAGAGGGAAAAUUGCAAACUAGUCAGGGGGUGAAUUCAUAAACUUGAGAGGCAGCUUGUGUAGAUCCUGGAGUUCAGGAUGUCUUCACUGCCUGACAGUGACCUCCACAAUGGUAAUGCUAGAUCUGGCAGUGCCUCCUUUGUCUGUGGGGGUAUUAAUAUAAUUGGGUGAAGAAAAAGCUUAAAGACUCAGCUGUGGUUUGGUUGGAUAGUCAGGAGAUGUGUGUGGGCUUCUAUUCUUGACCUGGGCAAGACUGAAUUUCAAUAUCUAUGAAAAAAAGGGUAAUAAUUCCUGCCUCCUCCCUUAUUUUCCCAAGGGUAUUCUAGCAAUUAAAGAGAAAAUGUAUGUCUGGGAAAUUGAGCUCCUCAGGCAUAACCACUCUAGUAAUACAAUGUGGGUGGAGUUACUAUUAUGAAUAAUAAUAUACUCUGGGUUUCUUCCCUUUUUUUUUCUUUUUCAUUCCUUCUUAUUUUGGUUGGGGAACUUGAGGGGUCUUUCUCCACCCUCCCCCAGGCCUGUUGAAAUGGAGCUCUGGCUGGAAAGCCUUUCCUUGGUAAUUGUAGUAAAAUACUUGACUAGAGCCCAGACUGUUGUCAGUGAUUUCCUUUUUCUAAAGAGUUGGAGGGAGAGUAAAAUUCAAGGGCAUCAAAAAAAGAUGGAGCAAGGCUACCACACCUUUGGCUAAGGUAGCUGCUUGGAUGGUCGCCAAGACUGGAGAGGGGGAAUUUGCCACUGAUCGCUGGGGUUUCCUUGGGGAAAUUUUUGAGUUUCCUUUUGAGGAUCUGUCCCCUCUCUAGUUGGUUUCCUCUUCGCUCUUUACCGGGGAGGAAAUUUUCCCCGACUCAGCACAGUGCUUCCCUGCUCGCCAGCAUAAUUCAAGACAUAACUUUGCCUUGAUUGCAUAUGCUGUCGAGAGGAAAUUGAAAGAUUAACAAUCUCUGGGGCUGCUUUCCCUCAUGCCCCCUCCCUCCUGUUUUAAAGGGAGGAAAAAACACAAAGGAGGGGGCUCUGCUGCUCUCCCCAGCUACCACCGCCUCUCUCCGGUCUGGGCACUAGUUAACCACCCCGCUGCGAGGCAGGCAGAGCCCGACCCACCGCGCUCCAGCUGAACUCGCUCUCCCGCUGUCUGUACGCCAGGGUCCCUGCCUUUCACAUGACCUAGCCGCGUCAGGGCCUGGAGGCUCCCUCACCGCACACACCCCCCUUCUCUGGCUCGCUCCUCUCCUCUUUCCCCUCCCCCAGCCACUCGUUCUCCGGUUCAAAGUGUGUUUUUGUCUGCACGUGAGCCUUUGCCGGAGGAGGAAGAGCAGGAAAAAUCAGAAUAGGGACUCCCGGUACGUGCAAAGCCCGUGUCAAGGGUGAUUGGACAGCAGCUGCUCUCGCAUCUCCCAGGCAGCCUGGGUGUCCUGCCUGCUGGUGCCGGUGCCGGUGCCUUCCCGCGAGCUGCUUACCAGGUUGCCAGGAGAAAAGGGGGCUUACCUCUCUUCUGACCUGCUUCCCCCCACCCCCCAGCCCCAGCCCCCAGCUGUCGGGAAUAGAGACGGCUGUGGUGCACCCUGGAUGGCAGCCAGUGUCUGUGUGAGAGACCGUUAGUGGGGACAUGGGAUGUGGUAAGAUUGGAGAGAGAGGAGCAGCUCCUAGCAGAGAGCGCGCGCGGCUGCCGGUCCGAGAGAGGGAGAGGAAGGGCCAGGCCUGAAUCCUAGCAAACCACGGAUUCAGAGCAAUGGAUGCUGUCUGUUAGGCCAAGGGCCUGCUGGAUCGGGAUUUAAGGGGAUGCCGCUGCCCGUGGAUAAUUGGGUUAAAAUCUGAAGUUCCCCUGCUCCUCGGGAAGUGAGAAGCAAAAAGAUGACGGAGGGUCGCCGAUGUCAAGUCCAUCUCCUUGAUGACAGAAAGCUGGAACUGCUAGUCCAGCCCAAGCUUUUGGCCAAGGAACUGCUUGAUCUAGUGGCAUCUCACUUCAACCUGAAGGAAAAGGAAUACUUUGGAAUAGCAUUCACAGAUGAGACGGGACAUUUAAACUGGCUUCAGCUAGAUCGCAGAGUGUUGGAACAUGACUUCCCCAAAAAGUCAGGACCUGUUGUUUUGUACUUCUGUGUCAGGUUCUAUAUUGAAAGCAUUUCAUACCUGAAGGAUAAUGCCACCAUUGAGCUAUUCUUCUUGAAUGCCAAAUCUUGCAUCUAUAAGGAACUUAUUGAGGUUGAUAGUGAAGUGGUAUUUGAAUUAGCUUCCUAUAUUUUGCAGGAGGCAAAGGGAGAUUUUUCCAGCAAUGAAAUUGUAAGGAGUGAUUUGAAGAAACUGCCAGCGCUUCCCACCCAAGCACUGAAGGAGCAUCCAUCCCUGGCUUACUGUGAGGACAGAGUAAUAGAACACUACAAGAAGUUGAAUGGUCAAACCAGAGGCCAAGCAAUUGUAAACUACAUGAGCAUUGUAGAGUCUCUCCCUACCUAUGGAGUACAUUAUUAUGCAGUAAAGGAUAAGCAGGGAAUUCCAUGGUGGUUAGGACUCAGCUACAAAGGAAUUUUCCAAUAUGAUUAUCAUGAUAAAGUGAAGCCAAGGAAGAUAUUCCAAUGGAGACAGUUAGAGAAUCUGUACUUCAGAGAGAAGAAAUUUUCGGUGGAAGUUCAUGAUCCACGCAGGGCCUCGGUGACUAGGAGGACGUUUGGUCACAGUGGCAUUGCAGUGCAUACGUGGUAUGCAUGUCCAGCAUUAAUCAAGUCCAUAUGGGCUAUGGCCAUUAGCCAACACCAGUUCUACCUGGACAGAAAGCAGAGUAAGUCCAAAAUCCAUGCUGCAAGAAGCCUGAGUGAGAUUGCUAUUGACCUGACUGAAACAGGAACACUGAAGACUUCAAAGUUAGCCAACAUGGGUAGCAAAGGCAAAAUUAUCAGUGGCAGCAGUGGGAGUCUCCUUUCAUCAGGUUCCCAGGAGUCGGAUAGCUCUCAGUCUGCCAAGAAGGACAUGCUGGCUGCACUAAAAUCUAGGCAGGAAGCUCUGGAGGAGACGCUCCGCCAACGACUGGAAGAGCUAAAGAAACUAUGUCUUCGAGAAGCGGAGCUUACAGGGAAACUGCCAAGAGAAUAUCCCUUGGAUCCAGGGGAGGAACCACCCAUUGUUCGGAGAAGAAUAGGUACUGCCUUCAAACUGGAUGAACAGAAAAUACUGCCCAAAGGAGAGGAAGCUGAAUUGGAGCGCCUAGAGCGGGAGUUUGCCAUUCAGUCCCAGAUUACAGAAGCCGCCCGCCGCCUGGCCAGUGACCCCAACGUCAGCAAGAAGCUGAAGAAACAAAGGAAAACCUCUUACCUUAAUGCACUCAAGAAGCUGCAAGAAAUUGAAAAUGCAAUCAAUGACAACCGCAUCAAGUCUGGGAAGAAACCCACUCAGCGGGCUUCACUGAUAAUAGAUGAUGGAAAUAUUGCCAGUGAAGACAGCUCCCUCUCUGAUGCUCUUGUUCUUGAGGAUGAAGAUUCUCAGGUUACCAGCACAAUUUCCCCUUUACAGUCCCCUCACAAAGGGCUCCCCCCUCGACCACCAUCGCACAACCGCCCCCCUCCUCCCCAAUCCCUGGAGGGACUAAGGCAGAUGCACUAUCACCGGAAUGACUAUGACAAGUCACCCAUCAAGCCCAAAAUGUGGAGUGAGUCUUCUUUGGAUGAACCUUAUGAGAAGGUAAAGAAGCGCUCCUCGCACAGCCAUUCCAGUAGCCACAAGAGGUUUCCCAGCACAGGUAGCUGUGCAGAAGCUGGAGGAAGCAAUUCUCUACAAAAUAGUCCCAUCCGAGGCCUCCCUCACUGGAACUCCCAGUCCAGCAUGCCAUCUACACCAGAUCUACGGGUCCGGAGCCCUCACUAUGUUCAUUCCACUAGGUCAGUUGACAUCAGCCCAACCAGACUGCACAGCUUAGCACUGCACUUUAGGCACCGGAGUUCCAGCUUGGAAUCACAGGGCAAGCUCCUGGGGUCAGAGAAUGACACGGGUAGCCCUGACUUCUACACCCCAAGGACUCGUAGCAGCAACGGCUCGGAUCCCAUGGACGACUGCUCCUCUUGUACCAGCCACUCGAGCUCUGAGCACUACUACCCAGCCCAGAUGAACCCCAACUACUCCACUCUCGCCGAAGACUCCCCUUCGAAGGCGAGGGAGAGGCAGCGGCAGCGACACAAAUCGGCCGGGAACCUGGUCUCUUCCAAUUCAGGGAGCAUGCCCAACCUGGCGGCCCGGAAUGGCACAGGCCACCACGGGGUCUACCUCCACAGCCAGAGCCAGCCUUCGUCUCAGUACCGCAUCAAGGAGUACCCGCUGUACAUUGAGGGGAGCUCCACCCCGGUGGUAGUGCGCAGCCUGGAGAAUGACCAGGAGGGACACUACAGCGUAAAAGCACAAUUUAAGACGUCCAACUCCUAUACUGCGGGAGGCAUGUUCAAAGAGAACUGGCACGGGGACGAGGGGGACUCGGUCCGGCUGACCCCCUCCCGUUCCCAGAUCAUACGGACUCCGUCGCUGGGCCGAGAGGGCCACCAUGAGAAAAGCUCCGGCCGGACGGUUGUCUCGGAUGAGCUGCGACUGUGGUACCAGCGCUCGACUGCCUCCCACAAGGAGCACAGCCGCCUGUCGCACACCAGCUCCACCUCCUCAGAUAGCGGCUCCCAAUAUAGUACAUCAUCUCAGAGUACCUUUGUGGCCCACAGCCGGGUAACGAGAAUGCCUCAGAUGUGCAAAGCCACGUCAGCUGCCUUACCUCACAGCCAGAGAAGCUCAACACCUUCCAGUGAAAUUGGAGCUACUCCCCCAAGUAGUCCACACCACAUCCUAACUUGGCAAUCCGGGAGUUACAAUGAUAGCUGUUUCCUGGAUUCUUCCCUCUAUCCAGAACUAGCCGAUGUCCAGUGGUAUGGACAGGACAAAGCCAAGCCCGGGACUCUGGUGUGAAUGAGCUGGGCCCCAAUUUCUCAAUGCCAUUCUGAGAUCACCUCACUGCCUCUCAUUUGCCUUACCCAGACGCACGGUCACCCUGCACCAGCUUCAGCUCUUAGCACUUUUUUCCUCCCCUCUCCUCAUCCCCUCGCCCUCAAAACCUGACUGAGGAGACAUUUUGGAAGGUUCCGGUCCCACUGUGUGUCCUAUGGCUCUCCUGCCCACAGAGAGUCAUGCAGAUCCUUAAGAAGCAUCCCUGGUGACUGCCUCCAGCCCUCCAAUCACAGAUUCCCCCAGGCCAGGGACAAUCAAGAGUUGACAUCGAGGUCCAUGUCACUAACGGAUAUUUGGGGGUGGGUGUGACAGAGGGACAACCCUGGAGAUAGAACUAAGGGAAGUACGACUCUUCUGUGACCCAGAAAGAAUGUGUCCAUCCUGCCACCUCUAGGCUAAUGAAGCACUUCCAGAAGAGGAUAUCGGAUGUGGGUAGUCACAGUUUAUACUCGAAGUAUUUUUUUUUAACACAACAGUUUGGGGGGAAUGAAAAAGGAAGCCUGUCACUUUAGAGCUGCAUCAGAGGAUCACAAUCAGUUCUAUGCUGCCAAAGAUUAAAAUAAAAAUAACAAAACAACGAAAAAGAAAGGCCAAGAGAUGGAGGGCAUUCUGCUUUGUAAGCUCCUUUCACGUUCUCAAUCACUCCCAGAAGUGAGCGUCUCUCCCUGCCUGCCUGCCUGCCUGCCUGCCUGCCUCCCUUAACCUCUAUUGCCCCUUCAGCAUAAAGUCUGGAAAACCACGCUAGUGCGAUGGAUGGGAAAGACCCCGUAGUCUUGGAGAGCGUUAUUGACCCAAAGUCCGCCGUAAUCUGGACAUAUGGGAAAAUAUGUGGGGAGGGAUAGCACGAGAGGCUUAAGUACUGUUGAUCCUGGCUGCACAAGCAGAGGACAAGACAGGUAGUCGCUUUAUGUUCAUGGUUGUGGUCAAGCAGUCUUUCAUGGAAACAACCCAUACAAAUCACAUCCUCUUUUAUGCACAGGGUGUUUCGUUUUAUUUUUUGUGAGAAACCAAGGAUUAAAAGCACAUUGUGAUCCAUCCAAGUGGUAAAGCUCCAUUAGCAUUUGUCAUAGGUCUUUUCAUGUUUAUUUAGCACUUGUGUAGCAAAGGGCUCCGAUGAUCUCAAAGCUCUCAGCACCCAGUUAGCUCCUUGACGCGUCGCUAACUUAAAUAAGCCAACUAUGCUCGAAAACUCUAAGGUUUUCACCAGGGUGUCUACUAGCCAGCAGACGUGGCAGAGCUUUUUGAAAAAUCACCUCCCCAAGGGACAAUACCACCAAAAACUUUAUCAAUAACCUUAAUGCAUAGAUUUGUCUACAGAUGCCCAAAAUGGAUGAAGGGGGAAAAAAAGAAGGGUUAAGAUUUAAAGGGGCUGCAAGUUUACAUGUAUUAUGAGCAAUGCUUUUUACCUGUCUAGAAAGCCAUCAAUCUUCAAAGGCCUCGAAAGUACUUUUGUAUUAGCGAACAAGUGCACAAUCUCCACUGGGUUAUUUACGCCUGCACAAAUAAGGUUUCCACAUCGGUGCUGGGCUGGGUUUAUUGCCACAAGUGGGGUUGGGAAGGUGAGGGAGCAGGAGACUUUUUUCCACUUGUUCUGUGCAGAUAAUGAGUUUCUAUUGGAAAGGCAUUAAACAGCCAGGGGGUGGGUGGGUGGGAUUGGGAGUAUUUUGUGGAAAAGCAAAACUGAAGUUAGCUUUAGAAUAAAACCUUUUUUUAAAAAAAAAAAGAAAAAAGAAAUUAAAAAUAGAUAAUCCUUUGUUUAUGUGUGUGUGAUCCAAGAAUAACAAUAGACUACCAGACCAGGAGGAUAAGAACCAAAAUAGUAAAACGAGAAAGAAAAUGAUUUAUUGUGGAACAAUUGAAUAUAGCUCAGGCAGCAAGUCUAGUGGAGCAGUUGGGGAGAAAAGUCAGAACCCAGGCCUGGGAGGAAAGAUGAGACUCUGGGCAAUUUCUCAAACACUUCUGUAACGUACUGUGUGUGUGAUUUCCCUCUCCUUAGUGAUGAGGUCAGGAAAACCAAUUGGCAAGAAAACAAAAUUGGAUUACAGACUGGAGACAUAGAGGCCAGUGUAAAUGCUGGUCAGUUUUUUGUUAUCCCAUAUUUUUAUCAACCUAUGAAGUGUAAUUAUUUUUAUAAACAUUUUUCUUUUUCUUCCUUGUCCCCAUCCAUUAACUACUGUUACACUGUUAGGUUUCACAUACACACACACACACACACACACACACCUUAAAAAUUAGGCAGGGCCAAAAUCAGGCUGAACAGAAAUUCUCUAUGAGCUGGUUGGGCAUGGGCAAUAAGGGACAAAAGACUAAGUAAGAAUGGGAUAAGGAGACAACAACUACAUACGCUACUUUUAUACAAAGCUUAGUCUAAACUUUACACUCAAAAGUGAAUAUAGUCAAGAAUUGAAAAUUUAGACAGAUUUUAGUCACAAAAGGGAUGAGAGGAAAAAUUUAUUCCUAAAACAUCAAUUGGGGAUUUUUUUUUUUUGGAUGAAGAAAGGGAAGAAAGACAAGGAAGGGGACUAGCAGGCAGAUUUCAUGCCUGUCUGGUAGUGAAGAUGAGAGAUUAAGUAAAACAGGUUUUACUGUUUAGCUGCAUUCAAUUCAUACAAAUGUACAUAAAUGUUAGUCAUUUGAGAUGAACAUGUUUAAACAUCUUACGAUGGGAGACAUUAUAGCUAUUGUAUACAAGCACUUGCAAACUUCUUACAAAACCUAUUUGUUUAAAAAAGAAUAAAAUGAAAUAUUAAGCCCCUGGUCUGAUCUAAAGCCACUAUUGCAUUCUUUGGAUACAUGUAUGAAAUUUCCUGUUUAGCCAGAAAACUGGUGUUCCCAGAUACACCAGAUUAUAUUGUGAGGCAGGUUGAUUUUUUAAAAGUCUAUUAUAUGCAGUUGAGUGUUGAAAAUGUUAAAGAAAAAACCCAAUUUGUUUUCAUUCAGUAUUAGUUUAGUUCAAAACAUAGCAAACUCCAUCCAGGUGCUACCAGAUGACCAGUUACUGCUUAGUUAACUAGGUGUAAAGUUUUACAUAUACAUUAAUGUCAAUAGUUUUAUUACAAGUUGUGUAAAAUGGACUCUAGUUUAAAAAAUGGGGAGAAGAUUAGGUUGCUCCUGAAACUGACUGUAGAGCAUGUAAAAUGAUUUUACUGGAUUCUGUUUGACUGUAAUCAAUUUAAAAAGAUGUAUGUUGUAGAAAAAGUUGCAGAAUUUAAAAAGAAAAAUCUGCUUUUAAUUUAUUCUUUUUGUAUUAAGAAUUUGUAUAGUACCUUUACAUUUUGCAAAACAGUGUUGUCAACACUUAUUAAAGCAUUUUCAAAGUGAAA